UCACCUUAGCAAUUCACCCACCAGGCUUUUCAGACCAUACUCUUUAACCCAGAGGCUGACUGCCUGUGCAAACACCGGGGCUACAUGCUCAAAGUGCUGCAGCAUCUGUGUGAUCUUCAGAGUGGCAUCUUUUGCAUGUGAGAAAGAAGAAAUAGGUCAGGGAAAGCAAGUGGGAACGUCUUCAGGAAGAAGGCAGAAGAGCAGGAACUCACUGAACAUGUGAUCAUAGUGAACCAGAGCUGCAGCAAGCAGAUGUAUCACAGCCUCCCGUGUGGCCCGGUACUUCUGAAGACCGAUACCUGGAUUCUCCAGGAUAUGGUAGGAACUUCCUGUCAUUAAGCUAAAGUCACAGAAGAGAGACAGCAAAACUCACAAUCACAACUUGCACCAACAUCAUUCUAGCACAGUGCAUUUCUCUCAAACCAGAUAUUUUCCAGUAUCCUUAAAAAACUGAGGAAUAACAUCUAAAUUUGAGAGGCCUACAUGAGGAAAGGGAGUGGUUCCUAAACACAUUGCUUUUGCCUCAAGACAGUUUCCUCAGUUUCCCAGCAACCUGCACCCUGCAGAGGGUUGUAAUACCACCUCAGUGGCAGAUUUAACAUUUGACUCCCCCUUCCAGAAAACCAGUCACUCAUCCCACCUCUACAUCCAUUCCGUCCCAUACCUGACAAAUUCUUCUUCCACCACCGAACCGCCCCAAAGCUGACGGAGAUCCAGCUGCAGCAGCUGCGUGAGCAGCCGUAAGAGCGGCUCCCUCUCCUCUUCCCAUAGGGAUCCAGAGCUCUUGGUACGGUUCUUCUUGUUCUAGAAAGAUUACACAAUGCAAUACAUCAGCAGCUUGACAACAGAAAAACCACCAUCACCACCCUGCUUCCUCCAAAAAGAAAAUUACUUAUAUGCUACAGCAUUAAGAGAUGUACAGUGAGAUGCAUGAGAAGAGGUAGAAGAAUCAAAUGACCAUUUUCACCACAGAAAGGAAGUCUUGAGAAAAUACUGGCACACUAAGUACCAGCCAGACACUGAAAAGUGAAACAGAGAGGCCUGGGCAUCUGAGUCCCUGCUCGUGUUCAAACAUAUUAUACAUACUGUCCCUUUAGCUGUUUUCCAUCUACAGUUUCACAGAAACACCAGUACUCCACAUUGUUACCACAAAAGUCAGUCUGAGAAACUCUCUAAGACUCGAUGUGGAGUUUUAGAAAGCAGCACUCUUUAUUGCAGAGAGGGGGUCUCUGGUGGUCACUGAUAGUCUUCCUCGCUGCGUUCACUGAUUGACCUCAGUGCUUGCGCAUGCCCACAAGGUCCUAGUGCUCAGUUAGUGAUAUGUCUUUGCUUUUGUUCUGUUCCAGUCUCUGUAAUCUUGAAGGCUAAUACAUCCUUGGUCUUAUUUACUGCCUCCUUAGUUAUCAGACUUUGAUGUUCCUUCCCCUGUCAGCCGGACAUUCCUUACUCCCUCUGUGUCAGCAAGUUAGAACAGUUUGCUGUAUUUUACUAUGUUAGUUUAACGUCAUACACAUUAUUGUUAGUUUAAACCUAUAAUUUAAGCCUACAGCAUCAUGCUCUGAUAUAACAUCGGAUAGAUACUGAAGAGUUCAGCAAGCUUACAUGUUUCCUACUGUUAUGACCUUAUUUUCCCCCCAGGCCCCACCUCCAACAAACCACUCUUGCAGGUUUCCAUUUCAAAGGCGUCCAUCAGGCCAGUCAGCAAGUAGCAGUUCAUCUUGAGAGCAUUGAGGUGAGCAGUGCGGUCUGCAUGGCUCAGCCCAGAAUCACCCAAGAUGGCAGGAAGUUCAUUGGAAUGAUGGGAUACCACUGAAGAAAAGCAGAAAAUCAUGAGCACUCCUUGCCAGGCCCGUCAGUCAUUCUUGCUUCCGGAGACUUAGAGCAGUCAUCAGAUUACCAAAGAUGUGUGCUCACAUCUUACCAGCUGUAAUGUGGGCUGCCCCCUACAACCCAAACCGUGGAUUCACUGGCCUAUCCUAUCCCCACAGCCCCUUACCAGCUCAUGGGAACACUCACUCAGAGCUGAUGCAUCCCAAAGAUGUAUUUUCCAGGGAUGCAGAGAAGGGGAAUUUUUGUCGGCCUGCCCUUACAGCAAACAUGCACAGCUCAGCAUUGUCCACCAAGAUUACAGGCCCGUAUUACUGGAAUGGGCUGAGGGUGCAACCCAGCUGGUCAAGUCACAUUAGCCUUUAUAUCAUCACUGAGCUGCCAAAGGAGAGCAACCUCCCCAUUACUCCUACAUCAGCUAGAAACAGCGGACACCCACCGUGCAUCAUCAGCUCCAGGGCAUCCUCCUUGACAGCAGUCCCCACAGCUCGGAAAUGGCUACAGAGCAAGCACAGUGCAUGAGUGCAGCGACUAAACAGCACCAGGGAGAGGCGAGACGAGAGCUCCCAGGCGGACCGGCCUCCACACAACCCUCCUUUACCCGCUCCCCUCCCGCUGCCCCGGUUCUGCACUCGCCGCUUUGUACUCACUGCAGCAAGCUGUAGAGGGGGUCGAAGUGCUGCAGCACUGCCAGCGCGCCCCGCGCCCGGAAGGCCGUCCGGAAGGCUGCGGGGAAACACGAGAGGGGCGGCGGGGAGACGGUGCAGUCACGGCCCCGAACCGGGCUAGGCCAGUAAAGGAGGAACGGAGCUUAGGGGCGGGGGCCGCAUACCUGUAAGGGCGGGCGGCAGGUCGCGGACGGGCAGCACCUCCUGCACGGCGUACCGCCCAGAGCUGCCCUCCCGCAGCAGGUCGGCAGGAGCGAGGGGCAGGUGGAACUCCGGGACCUCCACCAUGGCCCCCAGCAUGGCAUCGCCCCGCGGACCGAGACCGAGACCGAGACCGAGACCGAGACCGAGACCGAGACCGAGACCGAGACCGAGACCGCCUGCCCGGGCAGGCCACGGCGCUCCGAACACCGCGCGCGGGCCGCGCUCGCCUGGCCCCGCCUCCUUCCUCAGCCUAUCAGCGCUCAGCACAGACAGCGCCUCACCCAAUCAGCGGCUCCCCCGCCCUCUUCGGCCGUUAGCGCGGCGUCAACCCUUGUCCUUCCGCCUCCCGACGGCCGCAGCGGCCGGAAGGAUGCGGCGGGGCGGAGCGGCCCCGGGUCACCGCAAUGGCGGCGCUGGUGCGGGCGGCCGGGCGAGCCCUGCUGGGCCGGGCCGCGCCCCUGCUCCGCGCCGAGCGGAGCAUUAGCGGCGGCGGGGCGCUGUGCGGGCCGGUGCGGCCCGGCCUCCCCGUGCCGCUGUCCUCGCCGCUGGCAGGGCUCACCCGGCCCAUCCGCAUCAGGGAGCCCCCGAAGCGCAAGCAGGUGGAUCGGUGGACGGAAAAACGGGCUUUGUUCGGCGUCUACGACAACGUGGGGAUCCUGGGUGGCUUCCAGCUCCACCCGAAGAAACUCAUCGUGGGGCCCACGUGGCUGCGAGGCUGGCGGGGGAAUGAGCUGCAGAGGUGCAUUCGUAAGAAGAAGAUGGUGGGAAAUCGGAUGUUUCUGGAGGACUAUCACAAUCUCACCAAGAGGAUCCGGUACUUGUACAAACGUUUCAAUCGCACUGGGAAGCACCGUUAGGAGAGACUGUGGGUUUGGUACCUGGAGCAUGGUUUUGUGCCGUCGUGGUCGGAAUAAAGCCAGCUUUCACACA